AAACUUAAGUAGCUAACUUCGUACACGAUAGUACAUAGUUAUUAACAUGUUGCAAUUAAGCUGAUUAAAAUUCGGGAAUGAAUUGUAGUUUUAUGGGACCGGUUUUUUCUCUUGAAUAAAAAAAUAAAUUAUUGCAUAAUAUUAUAGUUAUUAUUUUUUUUUCGUAGAUCGUUAAAAAUUAUGAUACAUUUUGACUGACUGGUAUUCAAAUGAAGUAAAUUAUCUAUAAAACAAAGUCCGUAUCAUCGCUUUAAGUUUAUUAGUUGUUUUCUCAAUGCAAGUUUAUAUCGUUUUAAAUCGUGUGAUAUAUAUAUGUUGAAUAUUUUCAACUAGAUUUUCGAAACUAAAUAACUAAAUAACGAAAUUGUGUAAUGAGGCAUGUUUAAAUUUGAUAAAAUUCUGUCAUUAAUAUACAAUUAGUUUAUCGGUUAAAAUAACUUGAGUACUGACCGAAAAUUGGGUUUGUAUUUUUCAAAAAUAGUGGUUAAACGUAAGAUUUAACAUAACCCCAAAAUGAGUUUGCUAAAAACGUUCGGAGACCUGAAAGGUACCAUCAAGAUCAAACCCCAGCGAUAUAUAAUCGACAAUUGGGUAUUCAAAUUGCAUUACAAAGCAACCGUGAUCUUUUUUUUGGUCGGGUCCAUUUUAGUAACGUCAAGGCAAUAUAUUGGAGAACACAUCAGAUGCAUAUCUGACAAAGGUGUCCCCGAUCACGUGAUGAAUACAUUUUGUUUUUUCACUACUACCUUCACUGUGCCUUACGUGAAUAUAUCCAAAGAUCGUUUAGAACAAAUGUUUGAGAUAAAAGCCAUGGAUGCUAAUUUAUUGGAUACAGGUAAUUUGGCGCAUCCAGGUGUUGGACCGUACGGGAUCGAUUCUAACGAACCAGUUAUUCAUCACGCUUAUUAUCAAUGGGUACCAUUCGUGUUAUUUUUUCAAGGACUGAUGUUUUAUUUAACCCAUUUGCUAUGGAAAAAGUUGGAAGGUGGGAGAUUGAGAUAUUUAGUUGACAGUUUGAGGUAUUCGGCGUUUUCUUUACAAGAAAAAGAAAUAAAAGUCGGUAGUAAUAACAUUCCGUCGAAAUCAACGAGGGAACAAAAAAUAAACCAGGUACGACAAUUAUUUAUCGAUGGUAUGUAUAUCAACAAAUAUUGGGCAGUAAAAUUGAUGAUAUGCGAAAUUCUCAAUUUACUCCACGUCGUUUUACAAUUUUACAUAACGGACAAAUUUUUGGGCGGCAGAUUUAAUAAUUUGGGAUCAACUGUAUGGGCGCAAGGUUUGGAUUCCAGCGUAGACGUACUCGACGAAGUAUUUCCCAAGAUAACAAAAUGCACUUUCCACAAGUACGGUCCUUCUGGCUCCAUCCAAUACCACGAUGCCAUGUGCGUUAUGGCGCUCAACAUUAUAAACGAUAAAAUUUAUACCGGCCUUUGGUUCUGGUUCAUUUUUCUUUUCGUUUGUUCGAUUUUAGGGCUCAUUUGGAGGGUGAUAACAAUCAUUUUCCAUUCUAGAAGCACGGGGUUCAAUAGAUUAGUUUUUUCUAAUUCCUGUCCUGGUAAACAGAAUCCUUGGAACGCGUUGAACGUUUCUUAUUAUUAUAGUUACACCGAUUGGUUGUUUCUUGUUUAUUUAGCCAAAAAUAUCGAUUCGUUGGUGUUUAAAGAGAUACUAUUGGGUAUAGCCGAGGAUUUAGAGCAAAAAAAAUCGAUGAAACAACCUUUAUUACAAGCCGAAGAGUUAGAUAAAUAUACUUGAUUCAAUCGUUAUAAAAUAAUGUUUAUAUAUUCGAAAUUAUUCAAAAAAAUAUAUUAAACAGCACUGUGAUUACAUUAGUAAAAUAUAUUUAUUGAAAUUGUUUCCAGGACUAAAAGUAUUUAUCUAUUAGUAACGUUAGAUCGAAUUAACUUUAUUUGGCUACCCUGUAUAUAUUAAAACCGACUGAGAUCAAUGAAUUAGUAAAUUUUUAUUGUAAUUUACUAACAUAGUGUUUGAAUAAAUAUUUAUCUACUUCUUAAACGUAUUUUCUUUAUAAUUUGUUACUCCAUUUUACCCCUAAAAUGGAAUAAAUGAAAAAUAGAGUUUAAAACAAAAAUGUUAUAAAUUGGCAUGAAUAUCUAUCUAAAAUGGUGGCGUGUUGAACGUGGACGCUCAUACAACGUUGCCAACUACACUUUUUUUACGUAGAUCUUUGUACGUUUUUUUUUUCAAUUCACUUAAAUUUGCAAAAAAACUUACUCGUUGUAUAAAAGAAUCCAUAUCGUUAUUUUAUUUAAACAAAGGGACAUAAUUAUUGCAAAAUUUAUUAAUAUCAAAAAUAGGCUUUGUAAUGUAAAACAAGACUUUUCUUAUUUUGCAAUUUUUAUUAUUUUACGUAAUUUUCUCAUCUGCUUUAUUCAAAAUUCGAGUUGGCAACAUCGCAAUCGUAGUCGGUACGGAGAUCGUCGAUCUGUCGGUCAUCAGCGAACAUCGACCCUCAACAUAAAAUGCAAGAAGUAGGUUUUAAAGACGAUGUUGCCAUAUAUAUUAUAGUAAAUUUUGAUAAAAACAUUUAUUUAAUAAAUUAAUCAUAUUACUACAAAGAUACGAUAGGAAUAAACUGAUUUUCUUUGGAAAUUUUUUUAUCACUACUUUAGACAUCUAAAUACGUAAUUAUUAUACCAGGUGUUUUAAAAUCGUAUUAUUUUAUUCGUGAAAAACAAAUCUUGUCUCAAGGCCAAUAUUAAAAAAACUGUUUAAAAAAGCAAAACGACAUUCUUGUUUAAGCAUAUUUUGAAAUUAACGAAAGUUAUUUCAUUUAAAAUUCUAUAACUCGAAAACUAAUAAUUUGACAGCUGUCAAAUGUAUACACUGUUGUUUUGAAGGUUAGGGCUAAUUGAAAAUCAUAUGAAUUCAAUAUUAAUAGCAUUUUCUAAUGAUAUUUUUAUCGAUUAGACAUUUCGCAUACUUUCUCUCGAUCGGUAUUUUCCAUCAAUUACAAAUAAACGUCUUCACAUUAACUUUCAGAAAGACUAUAAGCAGAUGUUGAUUACUACUAAUAUGGUAGCCAAGUUUCUAUAACGAUUACGGAAAGUAGGUUCUAUAUACAAACAAUGACAGCUUGUCCAUUAAUUCCUUUAAAUGGGAAAAGUAAUGUAACCAGUUGGAUUUAUGUCAAUUACGUCUCGAUGUAUAUUUCUUUAUCUAAACAGAAGUAUCAAUAAGAAUAGUUCUCGAUUACAAAAUAGAAUCAUAAUAAAUGGACGUAUGACCUCGUUCAAACUGGUUGAAUCAAUUUUUGUCGAAGAAGAAUCGACAUAACCUCCGAAUCGAACUAGUAAUAUAACCUAAAAACGUGAAAACAUUCACAUAAUAAUGAAAUAAAACAAAAAUAUUUUUUUUAUAAAAAGAAAUAUAGUUUUGAUAUAAUAAAAUAAAUAUUCGAGAAGUAGAUUCUUUAAUAAUAUUACUUAAAAUGUAUUAAAACUUUAAGGGGCGUUUACACGAGUCAAAUUAAUUCAUAUAAAUCCAUUCCGGAUUGACGUCACAACCAACCGCCAUAUUGUCUUGAAACACAAAAGUUGUGGCAUUUAUAUUAAAGUGAUUACGAUUAGUGGUAUUUUAUUUUAAUUUUUUUGGUCAUUUGAUUGGAAAAAAAAUCUCGACAAUCAAUUCUUUAUACACAAAUGUAAUAAAAUUCAACAUAACAAUAAGAAGAAAGGGCUUCAUUCUAACUCAAAUUCUUUUCUUCUUUUGUUUUCUCUUAUGGUCAAAUUCAACAAAAAAACUUUACUUAACUUUAAUUUUGCAAAAGUACGAAGACAAGUUUUCAAUUUUCAAAUAUUAAUAAACGUUUUUCUUUAUUAUUUAAUUUCUCUCAAAAAUCUAUACGCAUGACUUGCCUUUCGUGAAAGCUCGGAACCAUUCGACUCCGAAGCAUGGAUUAAUUAUUAAGAUAGAGAUAACGAAUUGCAAAGAAUUAGCGAUUUUUGAUUAUAAUUAUUCUAAAAAUACAAUUGAAAGUAUGUUAUUCGUAUUUAUUGGAUUUGAUCUUGAAUAGUGUGAACACUCCUUUACUAUACUCUAUUUACCAUCGAAAUACAAGAGACCCGCGCGUUAAAAUCCUAGCCUCGCUCCGAGGUCACCACAGCACACAAUGUGUGUUCCACUAUAGAAAUCAGUUUUGAUUUACUUUGACGCUUUCAUAUUCGACCGACCACCUGUUAUAUUUACUAACGAAAAUUAUUUUUUAAUUUAAAUUUUCGAAUUAAAUCGCAUUAUAAUGAUUAUUUAAUCUAUAAAUAAGUAAUUUUUAUAUUAGAAAUUAAAUUACUACAGUCAUAAAAAUAUGUAACUAGACGCGGCCAUCUGUCUACAAAAUGUUUUCUGGGGAGGUAAAUAUCAGCAUCCAACGGACCACGACGAAUGUAAACAGAAAUAAAAGGGCUUUAGAUGAAAAUUUAAUCGAGCAACUAUGAAAGAACCCUUGAAAUAGAAACUUGCAUCUGUUUUUGUCAACAAACGCCAGAAAAGGAGCAUUGGAUGUUUUUAUGUAUCUAUAAAACACAAAUAUAGUUUAUUGAAAUAAUAUUUGAAUAUUUAUGACGAAAAAAAAAAAAAAACACCUGAAAUCACAGUUACUCGUAGCAACCAUUUUCUAUUUUUGGGUAUUUUACGAUACUUUUUUUUUUCGAAAUUUCGAACGGAAGAGACGACAUAAAGUAUUUCUAUUUACUUUACAAACAGAAUACUUUCUCGGAAAUGUCUAUAAAAGUAGAUAAUUCCAAAACAUUUGUUUGGUCUGUACCUUUUAUACCUAGGAGAUUAAAAUAGUUCUUGGAAUAUUAAUUUACGAGACCUGUCAAAAUUCUUGAACGUUAUAAAUAAUUGUGGGUACACAAUAGUGAAAUGACUUCGUGGUAAAUCUCAAGUACCUGAUAAUUUUCCAUAUUUACUUCGUUCUUUUCUGAUCAAACUAUUUUGUCGACUUUAAAUAAUUGUAAUUACAUUUUAUAUACGUAGAUGUCAAUUGUCAACCCAUAGAGUCUUCUUUUGGCGGUUUUUAAUCUCGGGCAUCUUUUUUAUGUCUACGUGGUCUCAAUUAAUAAGAAAAAAGAAGAAA